AUGGUGCGGUGGCGGCUCGUAGUGGCGAGCCUGGUGUGGACCAUCGGGCCGAUCGAUGGUUGGUGGCAGGCGGCCGAUGAGGAGGAGGCCGAGGUCCCGAAUGUGACCUGUUGGGACGAGCCGGUCACCUGCUUCCAGAGACAGGUCCACGCCACGGUGGCGGCUGCCCAGGUGCAGUUUUCCACCCUGACGACCUGGGACAGCUUGGCUUGGACCCUGCUGGACACACUUCUGUCUGGGGCAGGGUGGCUGGUCUUUGGACAGAGUUGGGCCAGCGUCAGGACCGGCUGCUCGAUGAUCUUCCGCGUGGCCUUGCUGAUGGGGAUCUGCCUCGUGUUGCACUACUUCCUCUCGUUGGCUUGGCCGCUGUGUUCCUUGGUCAUUGGAACGUUUUUGACCAUCGUUUGGGUCGUACGAGGCCUGGUUCGGUGCUGCGGGAGGACCGCUUUCUAUGCCCAGCGGAUGGCGGGCGGGGUGCCAGAGGUGACGGGAGCGACCUUCAUCGGCCAGGAUACCGGCGAGAUCCCGGAGACGGCUGACCUCCGCAAGAUGAAGAAAGGGGCCAACGAAGAUCGAUGGGUUCUCCUUCGGCGAGAUGGCUAUGUGGUCAUCAUCAAGGUCACGGAGAACGCCGCGAUCAAAUCCAGUGGGAUGUACUUGAGCUUCGACCCGGAUGCGACUCGUGGAGACGCCCAGCUCCUACUGGCUUUGAAAGGGUACGAACGGGUGCACCUUUGCCGACACGACUCAUGUCCAGAAGAAGGUCAACACUUCAAGAGCUAUGCCUUGGCUCGACAGCUCAACCCUGAACGUUUCCACCUCCUUUCAACUGCUGCUGGGGCGCAGAGGACGGGGAUGAAGACGAUGGGGUGGCUCUUUUCAAAGGCUCACAAGUCAGCGAAGCGGCUGAAGGACUAUGCCUCUGAGUCUGAGCGGGAGGAGGUUGGAGGAUGCUGUGCACACCUUGUCCGAUGGGAAGGUGAGACUGGUCGAGUUUGCCUUAGUGACCACCCGUGCAAGAAUGGGGCCGCUACGGACGUGGAGAUGUUGGAGGAAGACCGUGGGAAUCUCCCCGCUGACCAACAAGCAUCUUUGUGCUCGGCCCAUGCAGUGCGGUACCUAACACUGCGGGUGACCUACCAGGUCGACGAUACGGAGUCGUUCCUGCGAGAUGUCCGUGAGGAGAAGGAGGAGGAACCACCUGCCCUUCGGAGGAGGAGGGAGUUCAUGGAGCAGAUGGCUGACGGGAGGGAGCUUCAGCUGGGAGAAGAAGACAUUCGCAAGCAGCUGGCAGCCCAAGCAGGGUUGACUGUGGGCGACCUCACUCGGCAUCUCUAUGAGCAGGCGACGGAGGAGCAGAGAAAGGGGACGAAGGGUCUGACCAAAUUCUUGGCCAAGUGGCGUCAACAGGCUGCUGCGCAAGAUCGCCCUGCGUCCUUGUCGGACUGGAGUGUGGUUGAGAAAGAGCGGGAGAGCUCGGCACCUACACCAUCGAGCAUGGCUUCUGGGACAAGAGUUGCUUCAAGCCCGGGACAGGUUGAGACACCUCCCAAAAGGAAAUUGGCAUUGGUUCCACCCCCGGGGAUCUACGACCCUGACAGGAAGGCCGGUACUGGGGCGGAAGAACGGGCUGGACAUUCCGAGAUGACCGACAUCGCCAAAGCGAUCCAGCAGCAAACGAAUGAACUGGCUACGUUGGUCAAGGCCCAGCAGGAGACCACCACGGGCAUGGGCGGCUCGCUGAAAGGUUUGGGGAAGACCUCUGAAGAACUGGUCUUUCUGCUCCGCGCAUGCGGGCAGUAUACCGUGCAAGUCGGCAAUGAAGAGUACGGUGCCCCACUCGCUCAGGCCUUGCUGGCGGCUCAGGCCGGUUCGUCAACAAAGUUGAGGAGCGCUGGAUUCCGGCAAAAGAUCACUUCCAGGCUCGCCAUUGGGAUCGCUGGUCCGUACUGGGGCACGCAGGAGAAGUAUGCACUGAGUGCGUCUGACUUCGUCCCCUGCACCGACGCAGAGUUGGACCAGUUUGCGAUCGAAAGCCGGACAGGGAAGCCCUUGAACGAGCAAAGGCCCACGGCCCCUACUCGAUAUGAAGACUGGCUCAAUCGAGUGAAACGCCAGAAUGACAUUUGGGCGCUCGUGUACGGGAUGGAGUGGAAGGCAGUCAGGGAGCACGCCAUCAACCUGUUGGGAGAGUGGCACGUCAGCGCCCCUCACAAGUGGCCGCUACAGGUCCUUUUGGACGUGUGGGAAGAGCUGCACUGGCGCUUCUUGGAGGAGCUGAAAGAGGAGUUGAGGAAGAUCAAGCGGCUGUCAGGCAGGGAGUCCAUGACGCUACAGGACCUUAAGUUCUACGCCCUCAUGCCGGAUGAAGAAGGAAGACCCCCUUUGAACCUCCCGCAGACCUUCGACUUGCGGCGACCUGAAGGAUGGUUCAUGUCCGAAGUGAUGCCCAGGAUUGAGCGAAGGCAGGAAAGGAUGCUUUGGAAGAUGACGUGGGAGGGCUCCGGAAAAAGCAGAGCACAAGGUCAACCGGCCGGAGGAGAUGGUGGCUUGAAGGAGGAGAGGCUGUCGCUGAAGAGCCUGUUCGGGCCAAAGCUCACGGUGGAAGAGACCACGAGAGCAAAGGACCGCGCCCCUACCAAUAAAGAGGGCAAGUUGCUGUGUUGGGGCUACCUCACUCACCUGGGCUGUUCGCAGCAGGGCUGUCAGAGGGCACAUGAGCCUUUGAGGGGGCCCUUCGAGGCUCUUGAUCCGGCGGUUCAACUCCAGAUGCUCAGACGGGGAGGCCUCAGGAGGAUGAAGGCUGAGACGAAGGAAUCAGCAGCCGAGAAGAUGAAAGAAAUCAGGGCUGGGGUGGCAAAGGACAAGGCCGCGAAGGUGCAGGAUGGCAAAGAUCGCCGACGAGCAGGUCAAGGAGAGGGUACCAAGGAAGGCGAGCCAGAAGGACCUGAGAAGGCUGGGGGCAGAGUUCAUUGGGAGGCGCCAGAGGCGAUGAUCCAAGUCGACUACACCCACCAGGAGAAAGAGUUUGCCGACCUCGUGGCGGGCCCGGACACUUCAGUUUUUGACCAUGUUCCCAGGGAGGCUCAACCUCACGAAGGAAGACAUGGAUCUACAGCCCCGGCGGAGGCCCAGGACAUGGUGAGGAAGGCGCAAGCCCUCGCAACAGGGCCGGUCUUGGGAAAGCUUCAGGAGGCUUCAGAUGAUCUCUAUGCGUGGGCCUCCACGAGGGUAGCCAACGACCCGGAGAUUCUCUUUGAGACCCUCAUGGAGGAAAUGGUGCAAUAUGGUUUGGGAGAGCUUGCGGCGGAAGCGGCUGCCUUGCUUGAAGCCCAUGGGCAAGGGAUGAAGGCAGGACAUCAAGCCCGAUGCCAACUCGGAGACACCCGAUGGGAAGGUGAUGGACCCGGGAGAGCUCUGGUGCACAUGACGGGUUACCUUGGGCCCUUUGGGAUUUCGGUGAGAUGGUCCACAUGA